UUUCAAUGUCCCACAUAUAUAAAUCUGGCCCAUGGCAGUGGCGAUACCACUGUAUGUGAAAGGAGGUAUAAAUAUUGAGUUAUCAAAAAAGUUAGAGAUAAGCCCCAAUCAUGGACCGCAUCGGAAAGAUCAUCUUCUAUGAGGACAAAAACKUCCAGGGUCGCCACUUUGAAUGCUGUAGCGAUUGCCCUGAGCUGAGUUCCCACUUUAGCCGCUGCAACUCCAUCCGUGUGGAGAGUGGGAAMUGGGUGUUGUACGAGAGGCCCAACUACCUGGGCACUCAGUACAUUUUGACCAGCGGGGAGUACCCCGACUACCUGCGCUGGAUGGGCUACAAUGACAGCAUCAGGUCCUGCCGCGUCAUCCGCAACACCUCUGGCAAGUUCAGGAUCCGCCUCUAUGAGCGUCCUGACUUUGCAGGUCAGAUGAUGGAGUUCAGCGAAGACAACCCGAACCUCCCCGAUCACUGGCGUCACCCCGAGGUGCACUCCUGCAAUGUGAUGGAUGGCGCCUGGGUGUUCUACGAGCACCCCAAUUACCGCGGCCACCAGCACCUACUGGAGAGGGGCGAGUACCGCCACUUCAAUGACUGGAGGUCCAACGUGGGGUCCAUUCGCCGCGUUCAGAACCUUUAGAGCUGCCUCACAACAUGACUGUUUAUAAUCAUAACUGUUAUUUGCACAUUUAUUAAUAAAAUGAAAAAGUU